GGCGGGGCGAGAGUGGGCCUGGCCCCCCAGUCACUGAAACUCGGGGGCAGCAGGCGCUGCGGGCGCAGCUCUGGAGCAAGCGAGGGCACGACACAUGCAGUGGCUUCUGGACUGCGCGAUGACUGGACGCAAGUAAAUUCUAGGUCUGCAGACAAGAGGAAGAGAAGAUGAAGGAAGACUGUCUGCCAAGUUCUCACGUGCCUAUCAGCGACAGCAAGUCUAUUCAGAAGUCGGAGCUCUUAGGCCUGCUGAAAACCUACAACUGCUACCACGAGGGCAAGAGCUUCCAGCUGAGACACCGCGAGGAAGAAGGGACUCUGAUCAUCGAGGGGCUCCUCAACAUCGCCUGGGGACUGAAGCGGCCCAUCCGGCUGCAGAUGCAGGAUGACCGGGAGCAGGUGCACCUCCCCUCCUCCUCAUGGAUGCCCAGACAGCCCAGCUGCCACCUAAAGGAACCAUCACCCCAGGACAGCAACGUCACAGCCCAGGAGCCAAGCACUCAGCCAGAGCAUAAGGCUGAGAGUUCCAGAGACAGCUCCGGGCCCCUGGAGGAGGAUGAGGAGGCCCCCCAGCUGAUGCGGACCAAGAGUGAUGCCAGCUGCAUGAGCCAGAGGAGGCCCAAGUGCCGCACCCCUGGAGAGGCCCAGCGCAUCCAGCGACACCGCUUCUCCAUCAACGGCCACUUCUACAACCACAAGACCUCUGUGUUUACUCCGGCCUAUGGGUCCGUGACCAAUGUGAGGGUCAACAGCACCAUGACAACCCUGCAGGUGCUCACCCUUCUGCUGAACAAGUUCAGGGUGGAAGACGGUCCCAGUGAGUUCUCACUCUACAUCGUUCACGAGUCUGGGGAGCGGACAAAAUUAAAAGACUGCGAGUACCCGCUGAUUUCCAGAAUCCUGCAUGGGCCAUGUGACAAGAUCGCCAGGAUGUUCCUGAUGGAAGCCGACUUGGGCGUGGAAGUCCCACAUGACGUCGCUCAAUACAUUAAGUUUGAAAUGCCGGUGCUGGACAGUUUUGUUGAAAAAUUAAAAGAAGAGGAGGAAAGAGAAAUAAUCAAACUGACCAUGAAGUUCCAAGCCCUGCGUCUGACGAUGCUGCAGCGCCUGGAGCAGCUGGUGGAGGCCAAGUAGCUGGCCAGCACCUGCCUCUUCCAAAGUCCCCAGCCGAAGCAGGUGCACACUGAGCCCUGGUGGCUGGUCCUGGCCAGUCACAUUGACUGCUGGCUACCGCCUGAGGAAUCGAGCUCCUGUACAUCUACCUGUCUGAAGCCUGAGCACCGUGAUUGCUGCAGCCCUGCCUCUUGGCUCUGAUGUGAGCACCCACAGGAAGCAGAUCCAGGCCUGAGGGGCCAGAAACUUGCUGGGUCAGAUCUAUGUGGCCAGCCCUGUCGACAUCACGCCUCUCCUGCACUGGAGAGCAGUGCUAGCCCAGCCUCUGCAGCUUAGGCUUCAUCCACUUGCUCAGUGCCUGUCCUUGAGACCCUGUGGGGCCACAAGCCCCUGUCCUCUUCCUUUAUAUGAGAUUCUUGCCUGCCCUCACACCAUGUUGCCCUGCAGAAAUGCUACUGGGAAAAGCAGGGCCUGCAAGCAGGUAUGAGACUAGACUGCUUUCAGCCAUCACCUUGCCACAGCGUCCCUGGCCUCUAAGCCUCCAGUGUCACCUUGUGAGCCUCGCACAGCUCAGGGCCCCGGCAAAGAGGUGAGACCAGGAGUAAGGCCAUGAGUAUUUCAUCUCACUUUCUCUGCAGAAAUCAGCCUUUACUUCAUCAGAGAGACCUAAAGGGAUUCUUAUAAGGAGCUUGCCGUAAGAAGCACGGCCAUUCAAUCACACUGAGGAGGGUCCACAUGGCAUUGAGAGGGUGCUGCCCUUUGUGGGUGGGAGUCCACGGCUGCCCAGUAGCAGCUCAGGAAGGCGGUGCUCAGCCCCAUCACCACUGUCCGGUGGACGCCUGUGUGCCUGUUGCCUUCUCUGGGAUCCUCUAGUGUGUGGGGACAACUUUCAAUAUUUCCCCUUAAGGAAAAAUGAUAACGAAAAAAAUGUUUGUUUGGGGGAAAGGACUUUGAAUCCCCUGGGGCCAGAUACCUAACAAUUUAUGUUUGUGACUGAUGGAGAAUUUCUGGAAUGAAUGAGAAAGCCUUUGCAAAAUUAUGCAACAGUUUACAUCAGUCAUGCUAAGUGUUUGUCUAAAACAGCAAACUGAAGACCAAAUUAUUCUCCUGUUGAGGUCUAUGGAUGGCAGAUUUAAAGGGAAGAGCCACAAAGACUUGCAAAGAUAGGAGAGGCUCCAUCUCUAAUGCAUGUAGAAGCUCCUUACCAGUUCCUAUCAAGAGCAGAGUGUGGAAGCCACCAUGCUGUGUGGAGCUGCUCUUCAGGGCAAGUGUCACAGCAGGAUUUCCCCAACCCAGCUCCAUCAUCACAGACACAGGGAGAUGCAGGGGAAGCCUGCCCACUGUUUGGUCCACUCUGCUGUCCUUUGGCAGCAUAGAUCCUUAGGUGCUCAAUAAAGUCAUGCUGUAUUGAAGACAUGA